UUGCUUAUUCCCCCUUUACCAUGUCCUCCCCGUGUCCUUAAUUUGCAGACCAUUGGACAGCGAGCACUUAAAGCAUAUUGGACCAUUAAGACUUAUAUACUUUGUGGUUGCGUUUUCGGAAAACUCUGCAUCCCUCAGGACAUCAAGUAAAAGGCAUCCAUAUGGCUCUGCAGGUGCUGGGCAUCACUCUGUCUAUGAUCGGCCUGGCAGGCACCAUCAUCAUCUGCGCCCUGCCUAUGUGGAAGGUGACAGCAUUUGUUGGCACCAACAUUGUGGUAGCACAGGUCUUCUGGGAGGGCCUGUGGAUGACCUGCGUGUACGAGCGUACAGGCCAGAUGCAGUGCAAGCUUUACGACGCAUUGCUAGACCUGGACCCCACACUGCAGGCCUCACGUGGCCUCAUGGUCACCACCAUGGCACUUGCAUGUCUGGGGUUCCUUAUCUUUUUGAUGGGAGCUGAGUGCACCAACUGUCUCAGCAAUCCAUGGGCCAAGGGCAGGAUCGUGGUGGCAUCAGGGAUCACUUUCAUACUCUCAGGACUUGGCACCGCAAUUCCUGUUUCCUGGACGGCUGACACCAUCAUCAGGGACUUCCAUAACCCUGUAGUGCAUGAGGCACUGAAGAGAGAGAUGGGUGCCGCCAUAUAUGUGGGAUGGGUGACAGCAGGAUUCUUGUUUGUCGGAGGAGCAAUUCUCUGCACCAGCUGCCCACCAGAGAGGGUUAAACAACUUUCCAGGUAUUCAGCAACGAAGUCAGGUACCCAAAGCAGCUAUGCAUUUAAGAACUAUGUGUGAGUUUAAAACAUUAAUAAAAUGAAUGCACCAUAUUUUUACAUAAUGAUGCUAAAUGUUACAUGAAUAAAUGAAACUCUCAGUCAGAGUUUC